UGGAAGAGAAGCUGAGCCAUCUCCCCAGCCCCUUGUACACCUUUCUAUCAUGUCCCACAAGUCUCAGUCUAUCCUUCCAUAAUAAUUCUGGGGUUCAACUCCCUUCACAGGCUCUCCUAAGCCCAAACAAUGUGCCGGCCUACGCCGGAGGAAAGCCCCUAGUCACCCCUUGCAGAGGCCAGGCAGACCGAGGUCGGGUGCCCCCCUAGUCCGGGGGAUCAGUCCCGCCCCAUCCCUGCUGGCUGAGUCAGGAGGCAGGAACUGGGCGGGCGGGAGGCGCCUAGAGCAGCCGAAACCAGGGCCAGAGUCGCUGGCAGAGAGCUUGGAGCCCAGCGGGGCUAGAACCAAAAGCCCCAGGCCAGCGGGACACAGUGGGUGAGCGCGGGUCUGGGACCAUCCGAAACCCACCAUGAACUCCAAGAAGAGAGGGAGCCCCGCGCGGACUCAUUCCAUGAUGUCCCUGUCGGUGCGGCCGCAGCGCCGCCUGCUCAGCGCCCGGGUCAAUAGGAGCCAGUCCUUCGCAGGCGUCCUCGGCAGCCACGAGCGCGGGCCCAGGAACUUCACGGUCUUCAGCCCACCAGGGCCCCCACGGAAGCCUCUAGUGCUCUCCCGAGUAUCGAGGAUGUUUUCCGUAGCCCACCCAGCCCCCAAGGUGCCACAGCCAGAGCGGCUGGACCUGGUGUAUGCCGCCCUUAAGCGGGGAUUGACGGCCUACUUGGAAGUGCAUCAGCAGGAGCAGGAGAAGCUCCAGGGCCAGAUAAAAGAGUCCAAGAGGAAUUCCCGCCUAGGCUUCCUGUAUGACUUGGACAAGCAAGUCAAGUCCAUUGAACGUUUUCUUCGGCGGCUGGAGUUCCAUGCCAGUAAGAUUGACGAGAUGUAUGAAGCAUACUGUGUCCAGCGGCGUCUCCGGGAUGGUGCCUACAACAUGGUCCGUGCCUACAGCACGGGGUCCCCCGGGAGUCGAGAGGCCCGAGAUAGCCUGGCUGAGGCCACUAGAGGGCAUAGAGAGUACACAGAGAGCAUGUGUCUUCUGGAGAACGAGCUAGAGGCACAGCUGGGCGAGUUUCAUCUCCGGAUGAAAGGGCUGGCUGGCUUCGCCAGGCUGUGUGUAGGCGAUCAGUAUGAGAUCUGCAUGAAAUAUGGCCGCCAGCGAUGGAAACUGCGAGGCCGAAUAGAGAGUAGUGGGAAGCAGGUGUGGGACAGUGAAGAGACCGUCUUUCUUCCCCUGCUCACAGAGUUCCUGUCCAUCAAGGUGACAGAACUGAAGGGCCUGGCUAACCACGUCGUUGUGGGCAGUGUCUCCUGUGAGACCAAGGACCUAUUUGCUGCCCUGCCCCAGGUUGUGGCUGUGGACAUCAAUGACCUUGGCACCAUCAAGCUCAGCCUGGAAGUCAUAUGGAGUCCCUUUGACAAGGAUGACCAGCCCUCAGCAGCUUCUACAGUCAACAAAGCUUCCACUGUUACCAAGCGAUUCUCCACGUACAGCCAGAGCCCACCAGACACACCCUCGCUUCGGGAGCAGGCCUUCUAUAACAUGUUACGGCGGCAGGACGAGCUAGAGAAUGGGACGGCAUGGUCCCUGUCAUCUGAAUCUUCAGAUGACUCGUCCAGCCCGCAGCUCUCAGGCACUGCUCGACAUUCAUCAACUCCCAAGCCCCUGGUGCAGCAGCCAGAGCCCCUGCCCAUCCAAGUUGCCUUCCGAAGGCCAGAGCCCCUCACCUCUAGCUCCAUGGAAGAAGAGCCAGCUGUGGCCCCCGCCCUGGUCAAUGGGCAUGCCCCUUACAGCCGGACUCUCAGCCACAUCAGUGAGGCCAGUGUGGAUGCUGCCCUGACUGAGGCUGUGGAAGCAGUGGGCCCAGAAAGCCCAGUCCCGGGACCUAGCCCACUUGUAUACCCAGAUUCCACCCAUGUGGAACAUUUCAAUAGUGUUCCUCCUGUCCCAGACACUCACCAUUCUGCCACAAGACCCACCCCAAGUACAACUGACCCUGCCCCCACAUGGACAGACUCUGCCUCAUCCACACCGCUGGACUCAGUUCACAAGGCCACAAACUCUGACCCUUCGGAGUGUCCGAGCCUCACACAUACAAGCUCUACCUGCAGUGCUGUAAGCGCUGCCCACAGUGUUCCAAGCCCAACUUCCACUACUGUAGAUUCUACCCACAAACCCAUGCCCGCUGCCCUCGCCACUACAGGCUCUAGCCCCAGUGUUCCAGACCCAAUCCAGGCUAGCACAAGCCCUCCUGACAGCACCCCGAGCCCCACCCACACUGCUGCCAGCCCUACACAUAGCACCCCGAGCCCCACCCACACCACUAUAAGUCCUCCUUGCACUACUCCAAGCCCCACCAAUGCCACUCUGAGCCCCAGUCACAGGACCACUAGCCCUACUCGAAAAACUGGAGUGUCAACUCAUACCACUACAAGUCACACCACCAGUGCUGUGGACCCAGUCCAGAUCUCUACAAGCCCCAUUUCCACAACAGAAAGCCCUACCCCUUCUAUAGACCUUGCUGUAAGCUCCAGCUCCUCCCCCUCCUCCGCAGACCCCGCACUCCCAGGCACUGAACCUCUGCCUUGUAGCCACCCAGCCACCACUCCCUACACUAAAACAGAUGACCCCACAGUAUCCUGCACCUCUUACCAGAGUCUUGCUUGUUCUGGUUCAAAGUCCCACAUAAGCCCUGCCCCGAAUUCCCCAGAACAAAUUCCUAAGAGCCCAAGUUCCUCUCCCUCAUCCGCGGCCCCUGCACCCCAAUAUCCAGAACUUAGCCAGGCCACAGCUGCCCAAGCCCCAGUUCCUGAAGCAACCGAAGGAGCUGGGGACAAAAGGCUUGAAGAGGCCCUGGGGACCCUAAUGGCUGCCUUGGAUGAUUAUCGUGGUCAGUUCCCUGAGCUGCAGGGCUUGGAGCAGGAGGUGACUCGCCUGGAGAGUCUGCUCAUGCAGAGACAAGGCCUGACCCGAAGCAGGGCCUCCAGUCUUAGCAUCACUGUGGAACAUGCCCUGGAGAGCUUCAGCUUCCUCAAUGAUGAUGAAGAUGAAGACAACGACGGUCCUGGGGCCAGGCCCACAAGCAGCCCAGAGGCUGUGGCAGAGGACAGAUUAGACUCAUCAAAUGCCCAGUCCCUAAGCACUGGGUGUCCAGCCCUGGAUGCCACCUUGGUCCAGCACCUGUACCACUGCAGCCGCCUCCUGCUGAAACUGGGCACAUUUGGGCCCCUGCGCUGCCAGGAGGCAUGGGCCCUAGAGCGGCUGCUGAGGGAGGCACGCGUGCUCGAGGAAGUGUGUGAGCACAGCAAGCUAUGGGGGACUGCUGCCACCUCUGCCCAGGAAGUGGUGCAGUUCUCAGCCUCUCGGUCCGGCUUCCUGACCUUUUGGGACCAAUGUACAGAGGGACUCAGCCCCUUCAUCUGCCCCGUGGAGCAGGUGCUCCUCACUUUCUGCAGCCAGUACGGUGCCCGUCUUUCCCUGCGCCAGCCAGGCUUAGCCGAGGCUGUGUGUGUGAAGUUCCUGGAAGACGCCCUGGGGCGGAAGCUGCCUAGGAGGCCCCAACCAGGCCCCGGGGAACAGUUCACCAUUUUCCAAUUCUGGAGUUAUGUAGAAGCCUUGGACAGCCCCUCCAUGGAUGCCUAUGUGACAGAGACUGCAGAGGAAGUGUUACUGGUACAGAAUCUGAACUCUGAUGACCAGGCUGUUGUGCUGAAAGCUCUGAGGUUAGCACCUGAGGGGCGCCUGCGAAGGGAUGGGCUUCGGGCUCUUAGCUCCCUGCUGGUCCACGGCAAUAACAAAGUCAUGGCUGCGGUCAGCACCCAACUUCGGAGCCUCUCACUUGGUCCUGUCUUCCGGGAAAGGGCUCUUUUGUGCUUCCUGGACCAACUUGAGGAUGAGGAUGUACAAACUCGAGUGGCUGGAUGCCUGGCUUUGGGCUGUAUCAAGGCUCCUGAGGGUAUUGAGCCCCUGGUGUACUUGUGCCAGACAGACACGGAAGCUGUGAGAGAAGCUGCCCGGCAGAGCCUACAGCAGUGUGGGGAAGAAGGACAGUCUGCUCAUCGGCGGCUAGAAGAGUCCCUGGAUGCUCUGCCUCGCAUCUUUGGGCCCAGCAGCAUGGCCAGCACAGCAUUCUGAACUCUAAUCACCGGCUCCCAGUGUUCCUUCCCCCAUUUUCAGGGCUCACCAGGCACUGGCAGGGAGGGUGAGGGCUGGUUCCAGACACCUCUCCCCACAAAUCCCUAUGAAUGAAAAUCUAAUAUAUUCUUUUGUUCCCCUGGGGUUGGUAGAGUGCCUGAAUGAAGUGCCUCCCAGCCUUGGUUCUGCAUAGCCUUUGCCACAGUGUCAGGGGCUUGGCCAUAUCUUGCUCUGCCUCACUACAUCCCUUGGUUUUGUAUUUUAUUUACAGAGUUUUACAGAAAAUAAAAAAGCAAAAUGUGUUUCCUACAUGGCUUGCUGCACUUCUGAACCUCUGCUCCAACACCUUCUGGUGUGUUCUUCCUGGCACUGCUGUGCCACACUUCAGCUGUGACAACAUCGCGUGCAUUUGCCCUGGAAAUCCUGGUGGAAGAAAGCCCACAGUCCAGGGUUGUGCUUGGAGAAGAGCCACAGAAGGGAAGGGAGCUCUGCUCUGCUCAUCAGGCUGAACCUGCAUCUGGGCCUGGGAACUACAGGCCCUGAGUGGAUCCAAGCAGCUGGCCCAGAGAAGGCCCAAACUGCAUAUUCUAGACUAACUGUGGCUAGUGGGCAAAGAGAAAGAAAAGCUAGCAUGGCGUGCCUGAGCUGUUGCCACCAGGGGGCAGCAGAACUGCAUCAGGGGGUGGUAGCUUCUGCAUGGGCCCCUCUGGCGAGGCAGCCUCCUAUGGUGGAGCUUCAGGAGCAACUUUCGGCUGUGGGGGGAAGCGGGAAUCCUUGCUUAGGGGAGGAGUUUGAGCCUGGGAGACAGGAGACCCGGAUGGCUGCCCCAUGAACCAAGACAGCAAGAUCCUUCCCUCCCUGAGGCACCUCUUUCCCGGCAAUAACAAACUGUGAACUCUGUGGCCCCCAACAGUCAGCAGACCUGUGUUGAGGAAGUAGGACUCCCAAGGGAGGGCCUCCCUGCCUCCAGCACAUAAGUUUGUUGUUAACCUAGGUUAGGAGACCUUUGGGACCCGCUCUAAGGGUGGGACGGGAUUUCAGGAGGAAGGCAGGCCUUUGCUAAGAAGGUCCCGAGGGCUUUCCACACCCAUGGCUAGAGAAAUGGACCCUCCAUCCUCCUACCAGGAUUUCUGUUAUCUAGAGAAACUGGACAUCCAUAAGGUCUCCCCAGCUUGAGCCCCCUGGUGUCCCAGUACCUGUGGUGAUAUGGCCCAGUAGUCUGACACUGUGCACAAAGCUGUCAUGGGGAGAGGGGGGAGCACUCAGGAAGAGCCAACAGUUUCCUAGGUGGGGGUGGGGUGACCCAGAUCCCUGGGGAGCCUUACCCCAGUGUUUUAGAACUGCCUAUGAAGAGGUUUUUGGCUGGGCCUUCAGCACCUGCUGUGGAGGUCAUGCUGAGCAAAAGAAACGGCAACAGGAAACACCUGUGAGUGGAUACUGGCAGUUUGAGAUAGUCUGGUGGGGGUGGGGUAAGGCGCACACAGACAGCCCUUAUACACUGGCAUGGCUGGGCAGGAUAGGGCAGUUCAGCUUUUUGGUUGGUCAGCUGGGGUAAAAUGGAGUAGAUAAAACAAUCAGGUGACAGACCACACCACCGCCUAUAACCGGUCACAGUUUGGAGGCAGUCCCAGAACCACCAGUAGACUCCCUGUGGGUAGGAUUGUUGUAAGUGGUGGGGAGAGAGUGGAGUUGAACCUUGACUAAGCAGGGAGGAAAGAGAAGGCAGUGACUGGGUCAGGACACCUCAGAGCACAAACCACGGACAGUGCCCAACAAGAAAUACAGGGUGGGAAGAUGUCAUUCCAGUCCGUCACUGACUAUCCAUCCCUGUUCUCCAAAACAGAAGGAACAAGACCCCUCUGUCUUCUACAAGGAGGGUACUAGGGCCAGAGCCUAGGCGUCUGUCCUAGCUGAGGAAGAGUGAGGGCAGAGUGGAGAGGAGCUAGAAACAGAGCACAGCCUGGUGAAGGACUACCAAGGUCAGGAAAGGACCCUCAGGCCUUGGCCCUUCAAGACUUCUGGGCUUGAAGCAGUGUGGAUCAACCACACAACAACCACUUUCCCUCUCCUCUCAAUUCACAGCCUGACUCAAGUCAGGCUAGCUUGGUCUCCUAGCCUGACAGUAGGUCUCCUUCUGUCAACAGUGGGAGGCACACAUGGGGCACCGCUUUUACUUCCUACCCUGCUG